AUGACUGCGUCCUGCUGCUGCCCAGACAAGGUGUUUCAGCUUUUACGAAGCCCACGGGGCGGCAGCCGCCGGCCUUCACAGUUCCUGUCGCAAGCAAUAAAGAGGCGGAUCUUGAGGGACCGCGGCAACACGCAGGAUAUCCACACGCUGCUCCUGUGCCCAGAUCCUUCUCGACGCCUCAGCAAAUGUUACCAUUCCGCUGUUCCACUUGGUGCAGGGGGUUUCGGGCAAGUCUUCCGAAUGGAACACAACUUGACCGGAGAGACCCGAGCAAUUAAGAUCAUCCGCAAGCCUUCCGAACUUGAGGAGCUGCAGAGGAUCUUGAACGAAGUGUGUGCGCUGCUGCAACUGGACCACCCCAACAUUGCAAAGCUUUAUGAGUAUUUUGAAGACCGCAAAGCCAUCUACGUGGUCACCGAGUUAUGUACAGGCGGCAAUCUGGGGGAGUUAGAUCCACAAGUGGAUGACAUCGAUGAGAUUCGACUUUUGUUUCGGGAUGUCACGCGAGCAGUAGCAUAUUGCCACUCAGAAGGUAUCGCGCACAGAGACCUGAAGUUUGAAAACUGCUUGCUCACAGAAUGCCAGGGCAGACGGUUCGGGCGGAUGGCGAAGGUCAUCGACUUUGGCCUUGCUGGCAUGAAGCCCCUUGCUGGAAGCACAGCGAGCACUUGGAUGAACGAAGUUGUCGGCACCUUGUAUUUUCUCGCUCCGGAAGUUCUGAAAAGUCAGGAUCCUUUGUACAGCUAUGGCCUUGAGUGUGACCUGUGGUCCCUCGGGGUUAUGAUUUUCUUUGUCCUGACCAAUGAGCAUCCCUUUUGCAGUUCCGCCUCAGGGGUUGAAGAUGCUUUCCAGCGCAUUACUCGGGGCCCACUCCGUGCGUCGUAUUUGAAGGCCGCGGAGGUGGAUGAGGAGGCAGAGCGACUCGUGAAGUUGCUACUGGCUAAGGAGCCAUUGAAUCGCCUGAGUGCAGCAGAGGCGCUCCUGCAGCCCUGGCUGCAGCCGCCUGAGUAUGUCAGUGAUGCGGAGAGUGACAGUUCUGAGUCGCCUCGGAUGCCGCACCUUCCCGGAAAAGUGAAGACCCUUGUCGAGCGCAUCCUUUCCUUCUCAAAGUUCUCUCGCUUUGAGCGGGCAAUCCUGACAGUAGCCGCGCAUGAGGCAAAUGGCAAGGACGUAGAGGACCAAGCUUCGGUUUUUGCGGCCCUGGACUCGUCAAACUCUGGUUGGAUCACUCGAGAGGACUUUCUUCGUGCCCUCUUGGGCGCGGGAAUGCAUCUAGAAAGCUAUGAGGAGGAUGCCGUGCUGCGAGCUCUGGACCCAGACAUGGAUCAGAAAAUCCAGUACACCGACUGGUUGGCGGCGACCCUGAAACCAGCGCAGAUCACAUCGGAGAAGAGCGUUGAGGAGCUUUUCAACUUCUUUGACUUGCGCGGCACGGGCCAAAUUUCGCUGGAUGACUUAAGCCAGGUUCUGGGACAAGAGAUGGCAUGCCAUGUGGCGAUGCAGGCACAGGCCAACGAAGAGGGUGUUAUCUCAAAAAGUAGCUUCCGUAAGUUCAUUCUCAAUGCCAUGGCCAAGCUUGAGCUUCAGGUCCAAGAAGACAAAGAGACUCAUCUUGCUGUCCACCUAUGCUCAGCUACAAACGAAAUUCCCUUGGCUCUGCCAGGCUGCAAGCAUGCCGUCUUGAUAUGA